AAAACGAGUAUCACAGAGAAGACGAGGCAACAUGGCUCCCGGAGGUGGAAGGCAGAAGCUUCACCCCCUUUGAAGCAGUGAAGAAGAGCAGCGGAGGGGAACGGAAAAAAGAGAAGUGACUACGAAUUGUCAUCGCUUUUAUCUUCCCAGCCUCUUCUGAGUCUGGUCAGCCUCACCUCUGCUCUCCACCCGCACCCAGUCUGUGGUCUCCUCCCCUCCCCGCCCACGUUCCCUCGCCCCUCCCGUCGUGAACCCUUUCCCCGCCCCCCUCGCCCCUACCCCCCGCGGAGUGCGCACGCGCCCGCCUCCAGCUUCGCGCGGGGAUCGCCGAGUGGCCCGCUUGCGCAGCCGCUGUUCCUUCUGCCCACGGAGGAAGCAUGGGCGUCCAGGGCUUCCAAGAGUUCCUGGAGAAGCGCUGUCCCGGGGCUGUGGUGCCUGUGGACCUCCUCAAACUCGCGCGCACCGUCUCGCGCCAGCAGCAGCAGCAACACCUGCACCGCCAGCUGCCGCCAGCAGCCCUAGCGCCCGGGGCUCCACGCAUCACCAGGGGCUCUGCUCCUCUGCCGCCGCCGCUCCCGCCCGCUGCCUUUGGCGCUUACUCCGGGGGCGCGGGGCCGACUCGGCACCAUCACCCUGCUCACCAUUUCCACCAUCACGGCCAAGCGCCGCCAGGGCUGCAUCCGCCGCCGCCCCCUCCGCUGCCUGGGGCUCGGGUAUUGGUAGACGCGGGCUCGGCGCUGCCGCGGCUCUAUGGUGGCUACCAGACGGAUUGGGUUUGUGGCGGCCAGUGGAAUGCCAUGCUGGGCUACUUGUCAGCGCUGUGCCAGGCUUGUGCCUAUCCGGGCGGCGACGGCCUGGAGCUGGUGGUCAUGUUCCCUGGGGGCCUGGGGAAAGACCGACUGGCCGAAUGGGGCCGUCGGUGCCAGGCGGAGCGGCAGACUGCGCAACUGAUCGUGGGACACGUGGGCAACAAGGGCACCCCUCCACCGCGGGCCUGGUUCCUGCCACCUGCCUGCCUGAGCCACUGCGUGAGGCUAGCACUCAUCCGCUUCCGGGUCAAGGUGAGGGAGGGGUCAGAUUUUAAAUGAAAUGCCCCACACCUGUUCCUUCCAGACUAAACACCUAACCAUUUACUGACUUACCUGCCACUCACCUAAUCAGCUAAUCUAAUGGCGACCAUUUUAUCCACCUGUGCCCCCUUCACAUGGCUUCCUACCAAUUCACUUACCUACAUGACUGUACCUCUAUCCAUGCCAUCCUAGUAACCCCCUUUCCCUUUACUUACCCAAAUGGCCUACCUGUUGGUUUUAGCAGAAUUGACGCACAAUUGCUCAUGUUUCUCUUGCUAUCAUUUCCCUCAAACUGAAAUAUGUUUUUCUUCAUUUUCCAGUUGACAUUCCCUGCCGUAUAUCUCUUGUCAACCUCAUGGCAAAUAAAACAGAUGUUAGUCAAA